CCUUCAGAUUCAGCUGUGAAAACGAAUCUGACCGCGACCCGCGCUGUGUUUUCAGAGAGAGAGCGUCGGACGUUUCCGAGCGCAGAAAGAAGAAGUAGCGGGUUUGACUGAGGACGGAGGUUUUGCGGAGCAGCAUUUUAAACAGCCUAUAAAGACUAAACUCUGAGUUCACCGGUGUGAAAGCGAGCAGUAUGCAUUCGGACUGCAGGCUGCUAUGGGCAGAGCGGUAAUGGUGGGCAGGGGACCGACAGAGGCCGGGCUUUUCUUCCUGUCGACUCUCAUCCUCCUCACCGCCAGAAGCAGUCGAGCGCAGAAAGGUGAUGGCUGUGGCCCCAGUGUGUUGGGCCCUAGCAGUGGGACCUUGUCCUCUCUGGGUUACCCCGGGACUUACCCCAACCACACGGUUUGUGAGUGGGAGAUCAGUGUGCCGCAGGGCCGGAGGCUACACUUCCGCUUCGCUGACCUGGACAUAGAGGACAACAACUGUCAGGUCAACUACCUCAGAAUCUACGAUGGUGUAGGACCCCAGAGGACCCAGAUAGUGAAGUUCUGUGGUCUGGGUCUGAAGGUUCCUGAGCUCAUCCAGUCCGAUGGGAACCGGGUCACCAUCCAGUUCAUGAGUGGAACUCACCGCAGUGGGCGGGGCUUCUCCCUGUCCUACUCCACCAUAGAACACACAGAUCUGAUCACCUGUCUCGACAAAGGAAUCCACUUCACUGAGGCAGAGUUCACAAGAUACUGUCCUGCAGGAUGUAUGACCUCUGUUGGGGAGAUUGCUGGGACCGUUCCCCACGGCUACAGAGACUCAUCUCCAGUGUGUCUAGCAGCCAUCCAUGCAGGUGUAGUGUCUAACUCUGUGGGCGGUCAGAUCAGUGUGGUCAGCAGUAAGGGCAUCCCUCACUAUGAUGGCUCGCUGGCUAACAACGUCUCCUCCACUGUUGGUCCCUUGUCCAACAGCCUCUUCACUUUCAAGACCAGUGGUUGCUAUGGGACACUGGGUCUAGAGUCGGGCGUUGUUAGGGACUCCCAGCUUUCUGCUUCCUCUGUGUGGGAAUGGAGUGACGUGAUUGGCCAGCCCAGCGAGUGGGCCCCUUCUGGGGCCCGCCUUAAAAGGGUGGGGCUUCCCUGGGCGUCGGCUCACAGCGACCAGCAGCAGUGGCUACAGGUGGACCUGAAGAAGGAGAAGAGGAUUACAGGCAUCACCACUACAGGUUCCACCCUCCUGGAGUAUCAGUUCUACGUGUCAGCCUAUCGGGUCCUCUAUAGCAACGAUGGACAGUACUGGAGCACCUAUCGGGAGGCAGAUGCUACCCAGGACAAGAGUUUUCAAGGAAACACCAACUAUCUCCAGGAAGUGCGCAAUAACUUCAUCCCACCAAUCGAGGCGCGAUAUGUGAGGAUGAGCCCCACCCAGUGGCACCAGCGAAUUGCCCUUAAGUUUGAGCUGCUCGGAUGCCAGUUCCAUCAAGCUAGGCCACGGAUAAACCACCCCCCUCGUCCUCCCCCAGUGGCCACAGACACCCCCUCACUGUACGGCUUGACCACCUACACCCCUGAAAUCAGAAACACCACCAUGCCCCCACGCACCAGUAACGAUGUGGCAUUGGCAGCAGUGUUGGUGCCAGUGUUGGUCAUGGUUCUGACUGCCCUCGUCUUGACCAUGGUCUGUGCCUGGCACUGGAGAAACAGGAAGAAGAGUUCAGAGGGGGCUUAUGAUUUACCUCAUUGGGACCGUACAGACUGGUGGAAGAGUAUGAAGCAGUUCCUGCCGUCCAAGAUGGCGGAAGGGGAGCAGUCAGUCCGCUACUGCAGCAGUGAAGUGGGCCGGCUCAGAGGAAGAGGGAUCGCCCCCAGACUACAGGCCAAACCCGCAGAAUAUGCCCAGCCCCUGGUGAGCGGUGUGGUGACAUCACUAGGUCAGAGAUCAACCUUCAAGCCAGAGGAAGGUUCUGACCACUGCUACACUGACCCUGACCUCUACGGUGCUCCUAUGGCAACAGACAUCUACCACGCCUAUGCUGAACCCCUGCCCGCCUCCGGUGCUGAGUAUGCCACACCCAUCGUGAUUGACAUUGCAAGCCACCUAUCAGGGAGCUCCUUGCUGAGCCAGCCACCCACAGUCUCCAGCUUCAUGGGCCGUGGUCCUGCCUCCCUACUCACGCGGACAGACAGUGGGCAAUCGGGUAGGUCAAUGUACGACACGCCCAAGAGUACAGGACAGGCCACGCCCACUGAGGAUCUAGCCUAUCAGGUGCCUCAGAGCAGCUCUCAGAAGCCAGCGGGGCAGAGCUGAAGGGGUGGAGUGAGGACUGUGAUUGGCUGUUACCAUAAACCACAUCCCCCAUGGACAGAGAAAGGGGAUGUAAAACCUGGGUCUGAGUCUGUAAAAAACACACUGCCUUCAAGUUAGUUCACUUGGUAUGUGAGUGUGUCUACACAGGAUUCUGUAUGUACAGUAUGUGUGUGUUUACAUAUACAUGCGUGGCCGGAGAGUGCUAGCAUAGUGCCAUACCAGUCUUAUCACUGAAACCACAAAGAUGAAUGUCUGCAUGAAAGUGGAGAGAUGGAGAGCUCACUACUGUUUCAGCCAGGCUUAAUCCACUCUGUCAGUGUGUCUUCAUUUUAUGUUUAGUCAAACUGUGAGUUUAUAUUCCUUUCAUGUGUCAUUUUAAAAGUUAGAUUCUCCGAAGAUAUAUUCUCUGAAAUGGUUGCCUUUGAUAGAAAGGCAAUGUUUCUACCACUAAUGUGUUCUAAUAGGAGACCUUUGGCCUUUAUGCAAACACUAUGUCAUUUUUACUACGGUACGCUUUGAUUGGAAGCUUUUCGAUCUGUUAGUUCUCAAAAUCAGAUCUCUUAACUUUUGAAUUUAACCAAUCACCUUUGUACAUAAAUCUAGAGUGAAAUCCACACCAAAAACAUGUGCUCAAGUUACUCAAAAUGAUUUUAUUUUAUUUAUUUUUCUUUCAUAAUUCCUGCUGAAAAGGACAUACUCUCACUUGAAUGUUCCCAACCAUUAUGGACAGCGGUGACGAAUCCGCUUCCACGAGGAAGGCAUCAAAUAAUGAUGGUUGCACUGUUUUUAUGGUUACACUGUUGUCAUGGACACCUUGCCUCACGUGACACUGGUUGGUGACAGGUCAAAAAAAGACCCCAUACACAAAGUUUAGGUGCCAUUUGUGUUCGCCUGAUUGGAUUCACACACUGCCAGAUUAGGACCAGUGACUUGAGGCAGAAUCCGCUGUCAUGGUGAGCCAAGAGAGGAGCUGCCCAACUGAAGAGCUGAGUUCUCUACAGUAUGUCAGUGAGACUAAAUGUUUCCUUGUGUUUUACUAUUAUGCAUCAUAUAGCCAUGCAUGCAAAUAUGGCCACUGUCUGUAAGUUCACACAGAAUCCAGAGGUUGUAGGAUGUCUGUGUGUGCUAGUUCGAAGAAGCUGAGUCCCCUCCAGCCAAACUAUCCCGGGGCCCACCCUGGGUGCAAGUUUUUUUUUUUUUUUUUUUUUCUAGCACCACACAGCGGGUUCAAAUAAUCUUUGGGACCACGUUUGGGGAAACCCUGGUCUAGGUUACCUUGUCAGCCUUAAAGAGCUGUGUGUAGGUCAUGGAUCCUGUCAAAGAUGGUCUGGAGAGGAAACAACACUAGUGACCGGUCAGCAUACUGAAUAUGUAUCAAUAUGUACAGAAACACUUCAAAUUCCAAUAUACAGUAUGCGUGUGAAUGUGCAUCUGUGUCUGAAUUACUCUCCUGUGUGUAUUUCUUGGACAUUUUGUCUCUACUGUGAUUGCUGUGUUUCGUGUGUGUGUACGUGAUGACUUUCCUUAUUGUCUUUGUGCGAGUAGCUGUGUCUGAACCUUUGUAUCGGUGUGUGUGUGUCUUUGUAUGGCAGUCCUAAAGAGAGCAUCUGUGUGAAGCUAGCUAUGUCUGUCCCUGUGAGUGUACUGUAUCUGUGUUUGAUUAGUCAUAUCUAUGGAUGUGAGGAGAUCAUUUGUCAGCUCACUCCGUCCUCAACACCAAAUCUGAUCCUGGACCAGUUUAACUUGUGUGUCGUUAAUGGCUAGGACAUCAGUAAGGAAGGCUGGCCCGAGGUCAGUGUGCGUGUUUCUGUGAGUUCACAGAUUGUACAAAGAGAAAUAAAGACAUUGAAAAUAAGUAAUGUUUUUUACAAAAACGUUAAUGCACAAAACAUUCAUAUUGUCGACGGUAAAAAAUGUCAUCUUAAAUGAUUCCUUUAUAUUUCACAUGAAUUCAUAUCAAUAUCUUGAAGAUCAUUUCUUAAUAGAUAUUCAAGCACUGGUAUAAAUUAUACAGUGCAUUCAAAGUAUUCAGAUUCCUUGACUUUUUCCAAAAUUUGUUACAUUACAGCCUUAUUCUAAAGCAAAAACAGUAUAUUUUUUUUUUUACAUUUGUGCAAAAACACAUUACAUUUACAUAAGUAUUCAGACCCUUUACUACUUUGUUGAAGCACCUAUGGUAGCGAUUACAACCUUGAGUUCUUGGGCAUGAUUGUUGUCCUGGAAGGUUCUCCAAUGUCUACAGAGGAACUCCAGCGUUGUCCGGAUUUGGCUAGAGUAGGCCGUCAUUGUAAGUAAGAGUUUGUUCUUAACUGACUUGCCUAGUUAAAUAAACUCUGGAGCCCAAUCAGAGUGACCAUCGGGUUCUUGGUCACCUCCCUGACCAAGGCCCUUUUCCCCAGAUUGUUCAAUUUGGCCGGGCGACCAGCUCUAGGAAGAGUUGGUGGUUUAAAACUUCCUCCAUUUAAGAAUGACAGAGGCCACUGUGUUCUUGGGGAUCUUCAAUGCUGCAGAAAUGUUUUGGUACCAUUUCUCAGAUCUGUGCCUCGACACAAUCCUGCCUCUGAGCUCUACGGACAAUUUCUUCGACCUCAUGGCUUGGUUUUUACUCUGACAUGCAUUGAUGACUGUGGGACCUUAUAUAGACAGGUGUGAGCCUUUCCAAAUCAUGUCCAAACUAUUGAAUUUACCACCGGUGGACUCCAAACAAACUGUAGAAACAUCUCAAGGAUGAUCAAUGGAAACAGGAUGCAGCUGAACUCAAUUUCGAGUCUCAUAUCAAAGGGUCUAAAUGCUCAUGUAAAUAAGGUAUGUUUUUUUUAUUUGUAAUACAUUUCAAAACAGUUUUCGCUUUGUCAUUAUGGGUUAUUGUGUGUAGAUGAGGGGAAAAACAUUUAAUUAAUUUUAGAAUACAACUGGAAAGUAUUAAAAUGUCUGAAUAUU